CGCAAAUGUUUCGCUUUGGCUUUUGUUUCCUUCGGACGGGCCACGAAGCGGUUCCAUUGACUCUCCAUCGAAACCCAGUUCUGGGUGGGACGGAAGGGUUAUAGUGGGGAGCCGACGAGACGGCAGCGGAGGGGGAUCGCCGGAGACGGGAUGGACGUGCCGUGGCUGCUGGUGGCGCACGGGGCGGUGACGGCGCUGGUGGUUGUGUCGUUUCUCUGCGGGCAGUGGCCCAUCUUCGAGGGCACCUUCGUUCAGAGCAUCAACCACUUCCUCACCUCCGGCGCUUACCGCCACUUUCUGCGGCUCGUGCAGGCGGCGUGCGGUACCGGAGCCAGGGAUCUCGUGCUCGGCGUCGAGCAGUACUGCUGCGACCGCCCUAACCCUAUCCUGCAGGUUUUUUAUGUUGCCAUAAUUGGUGGAACAUAUUUUAUAAUAGUGCAGUCAUCUUUCAAGUACAUUCCUGGGUAUUACGUGAGUGUAUUGCACAGGUACCUGAGCAUUGUGGUUGUUUCUAUUGGUGCUAUACUCUUUGUCCUCACUAGCUUUUCUGAUCCUGGGACUGUUACUUCUGAGAAUGUGUCUCAUUAUGUAUCUGCCUAUCCUUUUGACAACAUUAUUUAUGUAGAGAAAGAAUGUUCAACAUGCAAGAUUACCAGACCAGCUAGGGCAAAGCAUUGCAGAAUAUGUGAUAGAUGUGUAGCUCGAUUUGAUCACCACUGUGGAUGGAUGAAUAAUUGCAUUGGGGAGAAGAAUACUCGCUAUUUUGUGGCAUUUUUAGUUUGGCAUUUUCUUUUAUGUCUGUAUGGAGCAAUUAUACUUGGCUUCAUUGUUGCUGGUGAAUUAAAAGACAAGAAAGUUGUCUACAUACUGACAGUUUAUUACGGCAUUGAUAAUUCAUUCUCUGGCCUGUUUCCCCAUGUUGCACAGUGGUUGCUUGCUGUCCAUAACACACAGAUACUUUUGGCUGUAUUUUUGGGUAUAAUAGCAUUGCUUCUUGGGGGUUUUUGUGCGUAUCAUGUACAUCUUUGCUUAUCCAACACGACUACAAACGAGACAUUCAAAUGGCAAGAUUACGUUUUCUGGAUGAAAAAGGAGAACGCGGCGAAAGCUAGCACAUACACACUGAAGGCGAGCAUCAACGCAGGCAGCAGCGAAGCUCAGAAAUCACCACCAAGCAAAUGGAAGACGUUCUUCUCAAGGUCUGGAACAAGGGCGAAGGAGCCGGUCGUGAAGAAUAACAUAUAUGACGUUGGCUGGAUCAGGAACCUGUGUGAGGUGAUGGUACCUUUAUCAGAGCGGAGGUCGUUCUCUUCCAAGAAGUCGGAAUGAAGUGAAAUGCUGUUGCAACUGUUGUAACGGGAACAUUUCCCCACCCCCCCUCAGACAGUGACAUGGUGUUAAGAGUUGAUCGGAGCCAAAGCAAUUAACUGUAGAUGACAAUCUGUGCAAGUGUUUUUGCUUGUAUCAUUCCUGAAGCGAUGAAUAGUUUUGACAUUUUGAAUACUUUAUUAUCUGGGCACUAGUCCGUUAUCCAAAAGGCAAUCAAUAGUUUUGACAUUUUGAA